AUGGCUAAAGCAUUCUAAUUAUACGUCGCUAAUUCGAACUCUUAAGAUUAUUACAUUGAGCAUGAAAACUAUUAUAACAGUAAUGAUUAUAAACUUUUUAUUUUAAAUUUAGCUUACUAGCACAGAAUUAGAAUUCCUACUCUCGCUUACGGUCAUGAUUAUCAUGUUGUUAGUAGCCCUAGCUACGCUCAAUAAACUGGCAAUUUAAUUAAUAACAAGAUAGUUUAAAAUUCUUAAAACAUUCAACCUUCAAAAAGUAUUUUGAGAUCUAAGUUGCUUUACCCUUAGCAACUUUUUAUUGAGAGAGAAGACCAUUUAAAGAGAGACAAAAAGAUAUCACCAGUAUACAUUCAUGUAAAUGCUGUCCCUUUCACCUACUCUAUUGCUUAAAAGAUCGAUGGACCAAACUAUUAUUUCAAGACAUCUAGAAAUUCAAAAUACUAACCUUGA